CAAAGACCACGAGCAAGACGGAGGAAGAGAAAGCAGGAGCUCCUGGAUCGGUGAUUCUUCGUUCUGCGCGGCUUCGUUAUGGAUAGCAAAUCUUCCAGUAGUCGAAGUGAAACAGAAAGUGAACCAUUGUCUCCGUCAGCUCUGCCCUCUGAGGCCGUCUUGCAGAUGAAUGACAUGGGCUUCUGGUUUGUGCAGACGUUUCCCGACGUCACGAGUGUCGUCAUAUCGCCUUACGCGAUUGCCAACACACUUAUGCUCCUCUACCAGGCUUCAACUGGUGCAACGAGAGACCUCCUUGAGAAAGUCACUCACUACGCUACCCUGGAACAGGAUAUGAGAGCAUUAUUCCGUGAGUUGUCAACGGAGCUGUUCAACGACCCCGAAGGAGACCAAGAAUUUAACUUGGAAAGUAUUGUACUCGUUGGAGGUCUUUGUAACAAGGACGAUGACGUAGCGGAAUACUUGGCUGAUACCCUGCAAAGCCGCAUUCAAGAUAUCCCAGAGGAGCUCUUCCGCGUUGAGUGCGGCAGUAGAUUGCAAAGUUGGAUACGCCACGUAAGUUGUGGAGAGAUCAAUCAAGUGAUGAAUGUGGAUUUCUACUCGCAAGCUCCCGUGAUUUGUACGACAGCCCUCUACUUCCACGGUCGUUAUGAUGUGCUCAUUAAUCCCAAACGGAGUCGAACUGCAACGUUUCGUAAUCUAAAUGAAGGCUUAAUCUCCGUGGCAAUGAUGCAGUCGCGGGGCAUGUUCGGCUACUUGUACUCCCGCCAACUGCGAGCACAGGCUGUGCUUGUUCCUUACGACGGGAACCUGUCGCUUCUGCUGCUGCUUCCAGCCCAGCCGAGAAAUCUGGGUUUGCUGGAGAAGGUCGUUGAAUCUCGACUUGUGUGUUGGCUUCUGGAGCGUAUGAACAACUUGUUCGUCGACUUGAUGAUGCCUCGGUUCGCAUUGCAGCAGGCGACUGGUCUCAGAGAGUUCUUCACCAAGCUGGGGUUAGGAUCCAUCUUCUCGACGUCAGGACCAGGACCCGACUUCAGUGGCUUGCACGGGCGCCCGUACGUUCCAAUGGGCAACUUGUUUCAGGUCGUCCGCAUCCUCAUGGACGAAGGGGGCGAAGGCGGCCUAUACCAGGGUGAAUGCAUGUUCAACUGUGCCGCCCUUCGACCUGGUGGCCGGCAACCCAUUCGCUUCCACGCUGAACAUCCCUUCUUGUUUUAUGUAAUUCACAUGAAAAGCAAAGCGGUGCUUCUCCUUGGGCGCGUCGUACGGCUCUGAGGGCAUGUCGCGCAGCGCAUGGUUAAGAAAGAUGUGGAAGUGUCGCCGACUUGGGAUAACACUGAUGGGUAGCACUGAUCGCUGCAGCAUACAUUGCCUAAAUUGUACAUUUCUGUAUUUGAAUAAUAUGAGUUUUAACGCA